AGUUGAUUCCUAUCCUACUCGUCGCUCUUUCUUCAACAGCGUGCGCCUGCGGUUUUGUUCCUGCGGCUUUGUGAUCGAGACUCCCAGAAGUGCUGCUUGAUACGGGGUCGCCUACCCGGUGUCGUCAUGGACCUCGACUCGGCGGCAAUACGUGAUGCCAUCCACCCCACCGCUGCCACCAUCCCUCCGGAUUCCUUCGCGGAGAGUUCACCGUUGUCCGGAACCCGGGCUGUGGUAGAACCCGAGAGCUCCCCGUGGGACAAGUCCCAACUCAACCCAAAGAACCGGAUCGACAGCCUCGACCCUCCCCUCGAUCCGCUUUGGAGAAUUGACGGCUGUACCGGUCUGGGCACGCAGUUCUAUGCCACGCCCCUGUUCCUUAACGAUGUCCCCCCGAUGCGUUUCGACGUUUUCAUCCCAGAGGAAGUUCAAGUUGCCUCCCCCAGGCUCCGCGAGCUGUUGGAUCUGACUGUCGCCUUCCACACCAAGGACGCCGUAAGGCUGGAGCGACUCGGAAUCGCAAGGUACAUUGUACGCACACUGCAGGCAUGGAUCACCAAAAAGGGUCGCGACAUGUAUUCGGAUAUGUGCAAAACACUCCCUUUCGGCUCCCGCAUCAUCUUCGAGAACCUCGAGGCCAACAUCCACGCGAUCAAGCUUUCCAUCGUGCCGACUUAUUACGUGGAGAGGCAGCUUCUCCCGCUGGCAAGCUUGAACCACGCUCUUGGCCUUACUCAACCGCUACCCGAGGCCAUCGAUAUCUCAACUCUGAGCGUUGUGCAGCAGCUCGCCGACAGCGCGUGCCUUGUGCGCAUGAGGGGUGGCAGAGCAGAUGAUGAGGGCGGCAAGCUGUGGGUUCUUAAAGCUAUGACGAGCGAUACCAAGUAUCUCUUCGUGGAGCUACGUAAUCUUCUACAGAUGGAGCCGCACCCCAAUAUCAUUUCAAGACCCGAGUAUCUCGUCACCAAACAGUGUCGAUUUGGCGGCAAAACGGCAGUUAUUGGCUUCCUCAUCUCUUACCACAAACCGGGAAGCCUCCGCGACGAACUGCCGCUACUCCAGGUCCACGGCCGCCUCACGCUAGAACGCCAGCUGAAAUGGGCGGCACAGCUCACAUCCGCCGUCUGCCACGUCUGGGAGCAGGGCGGCAUGUUCUAUCCGGACCUGCGGCUCGACAACAUCCUACUCUCCGCUACGGGCGACAUUAUCAUGGUCGAUUUCGAGCAGCGCGGCGUGUGGUGCGAGUUUGCCUCGCCCGAGGUCAACGCCAUCGAGUAUGUGCGCAUCUUAGCUAGUGACGAAUCCGACGACGACGCCGGUCGCGGGCCGAGUCAUAUCGCUUCCGAGCGGAUCCUUGACGGGUUUGCCCCAAUGUUAGAGCAGCUUCUACCUGGGUGGCAUGCCCUGCAGGCUUGCGAGAGUUAUUCUUCUUCUAGGCCGCAGGCGUAUGCGAACUACAACAUCCCCUGGCUCAGUCUCGACAAGGCAGAGCAGGAAGCUUCCAUGGUGUACAUGCUCGGGCGAGUGCUGUGGUGCAUUUUCGAAGGCCAAAGCGCGCCGCAGACGGCGGCAGUCUGGCAGUCAUACCGGUACGAACCGGACAUCGAGUUCCCCGCCUACCAGUUGACGCCGCCCGGGCUGAGAAACCUCAUUGAUUGCUGUACGAGAGGCAGGCGUGAAGCGCUGUCGAGUCUGAUUGUUAGACGGAAGAGCAAGCUGGUACUGCGCGACCAGGAGAGCAGCAGCCCCGAGGAAGUGCGCGAGUUUGCUCAGAUGUGGUGGCAAGCUGAGGUCUCUGCCAUGUUGGAGUACAUCAAGAUGCGCGGAGAGCAAAAGAAGCGCGGAAGCUGGGAUGGCAACCAUUUCGGGCGGCCCAAGCUGAGGGAGGUUCUUACAGAGUUGGAGCGUUUUCGUCUACAGAUGGACGCUGCCGCCAUUGUGAGUCGAUGACUGAUUUAGCAUGUUGAGGGCGGACUCAAAGAUGAAUGGAUGCCAGAAUCAGACCAUCCAGCGCAGCCAAGACAUAGCCCGUCUAACCGCCGACGAGGAGGUAGCGUCAAUUCCAGAAUAAGAUUUGCUAGCCUUAGAAAUAUGUGCCUGCGACUGUCCAA